AUGUCUGUAGUGACACUUUUAGUACUCAUAGGUCUUAUCACACUUUUGAUUUCUUAUCCUUAUAUAAAGGAUAAUUUUCAGGACAUAAACCCGGCAUUUCUUGAGCGCCAGUCAUCAGUUGGGUCUACACGACAAAAAGGGGAGUCUGCGAUAUACAGAUCUGUGAAUGUGCCACAUGGAAUAUCACUGACCGGAGGUCUCCGGAUAAGAAUCGGUUACAAAUUGAGAGAUGGCUGUCUCAAAGAUGUUUGGAGUCAGGCUUUGGCCAAUGCAAACUCUCGAGAUGAGACUAAAUCUGGUAAAAGGAUUUCUGAUCUGAUGAAAUUUGCGUUCCCAAGUGGCUUAAAACUGACGAUUGGCCAGGUUAAUACACUUUUACACCAGAUUGCAGAAAGGACGAGCAGGUUGACCGAUAAGUCAAAAGUUGGAAUUUUCACGGAUUUCACAUCACCGGAGAGCAUUUUUCUAGCAUUGAGCUGCUUUUUUGUGUCUGAAAAGACUCUUGUCUCCUACAAUUCGCUUCCUAAGAAACCAGUUGAAGAUCUCGACCUUAUAUUUGUUGAUGCGGCACAGUACGGCAAGGUUUCUUCAAUGGGAUUCAAGAAUAUUGUUGUUAUUGGCCGACCAGGUAUUCCAAGCAUCGUAUCCUCGGAUGAAAAGACCACAAAAGUUCUAGAUUUCAAGACGAAGAUUGCCGAUGUUGGCGGCACCGUUGAGCCAACUUUCAAGUAUUCGUAUGAUCCAGAUACACAAUACAUGAAAUUCAACAACAAGCCUUACACAGAGAUCAAUGAGUCUCGAGAGGUUGAUUUUUUCCAGAGAAGCUUUGUCUCAAGCAUUGGAUCACGACUCAUGUCUCUCCCAAAGGCAUUCAAUUGGUCCAAAGACGAUUCUCUGCUUGUCGUUGCCUCCCCAAUGGAUGGUCAGUCGAAAAACUUCCUCUUGAUGAAUAUUUUGUGUGGAAUUCUUUCCGGUGUCAGACAGAUUUCUGUUGUGUCUGAUUCCGAUGUUAAUAACCUAAAUGACUUGCUGAAGAUCGAUAGAAAUGUCACUAUUUUAACUGCCAGGGACCAAAGUCUCAAGCGGUUAGUGUCCCAAACUUCAGUCUCUUUGUUCAAGAAGUUCCUCAUUGACAGAAGCGAGUAUCUAAAUUCUACUGGUAUAUUCAACACUAUUGGUUGCUCAGUUGGCGGACUUCAUUUGAAGCUUGUCUACAGCAUGCAAAGCUCGAAUCCACUAAGUUCUAGACUAUACAAUACUUUAAGAUCGUGCUUAGGCUCAAGAAUUAUAAGGGAGAAGUAUACUUCUUUGACAAUGGGUCCAAUAUUCAAGACAAACGUCUACGAGAGCCGGGUUCUCACUGAUUCUAAGCUUAAUGGUCAUAGAUUCGUGCAGUUUGGUGUUCCAGCGGAUUGUUUGGAGCUGAAGUUGAAAAAGAGUAAAGAUGAAGAUAAAGAUGGUGAAUUAUAUGCCAGGGGUUAUUCCGUCGGCAAGGGUGUGGAAGGAGAAGACUACGACGAGAAUUUCUGGGUUCGGCUUGGAAUAAACGGCCAGUUCGCUCCUGAUGGUUGCUUCUACUCUUAUGCAUAA